AUGGAGCAUCCCGAGUUCCCACAAUUCGACGAAGAAGAAGGCUGGAGCUACCACCAGCUAACCGAGUAUAUCUUUAGAGAAGUUCAACACGGGCACUUACACCUAAGCUUUCUAUUUAAAGAAACCUACAGUGGAUUAAUGGACAGUGGGAUUGGGUUUACCAAUUUCAAUAAACUGUCAGCUACUUUAAAUAUACCACAAAUAGAUUUCAAAACAUAUAAAAGGUACGAAGAAGAAGUAGGAACAGCAACAGAAAGACUUGCCAAACAAAGUUGUGAAAAAGCUACUGAGUUGGAGCGUAAAUUGAUGUUGGAGAAUCUUGAAAGUCUCAGACAACAAUUGCCUGAAAAUAUCAAUUCAUGUUUUAACAAAUCUUUGAAUCUAGAAGCUCCAGUAACUUUUGAAACAGUCGUUCAAUUAAUAGCAUCUUAUGACAUGGGAUGGAGUACUCGAGCCAAUGGAAAAAAUUAUGACAGUCUUAACGGGUACGGUGCUAUUGUUGGAUUGUACUCUCAAGCCAUAUUAGGUUUUUCAACAUGUAAUCGUAAAUGUAAAAAAUGCGACAACGGAUGCAGCCCUUUUGAUCAUGACUGCAGACUCAGCUUUUAUGGGUCCGCUAAAGCUAUGGAAGGUUAUGCUGCUAACAAAAUUGUUAAUGAAAACAGCAUAUUAAAAUCAAAGAAUGUUGAAAUAGGUAUAUUUAUAGGAGAUAAUGACAGCUCUGCGAUUGCUGCUUGUCGCCAAGGAGCUACGCAUCAAAUUAGUAAAUUGUCAGAUAUUAAUCAUACCUCAAAAGGAGUAAAAAAGGAGUUAUAUGGCAUUGAAAAAAAUUACCAAGAACUGAAAUCAGAUUCAAUAAAAUAUUUGCAUAGGUGUUUCACCUACGCCGUCGCACAGAACAAAGGUAAUAGUAAAAAUAUGGCUUCAGCUGUUCGGUGUAUACCGUACCACGAAUUUAACAAUCAUGACAUGUGUGGUCAAUGGUGUGGUUUUGUAAGUGACAGGGAAAACUACGACCAUAAGAUGGUUCCCGGAGGAUUGAAAGAUCAAAAGCUAUUUGAAGAAUUGAAAAAUAUCUUUGACAAAUUAGCUAAUAAUGCAGAAAAAUUUUCAAUAGGUGCCUCUAGUAAUGUUAACGAAAGUUUAAAUGCAAGUAUGGCUGCUAAAGCACCUAAGUCUAAAUGUUUGAGUUUAUCUGCGUCAUCUGACUACCGUUUUGCUGCUGUUGUUUGUCAAAAGAAUAUUGGUGACUGUUAUACCAGUAACAUUUGUGGCAACUUGAAAUUAUCUCCAGCAAAGAAUCACAGACAAUAUAUUGAUAAAAUAAUAAAAAAUAAAGUGAAACGAGCAUUGUUUAUUAAGACUCAAACUUUCAAGAAAAAUAAAAUUUUAUUGCGUAAGAAGAAAUCUGCGUUGAGACAUAAAAAAGAACAACUAGAGGGAACUACAUAUCUAAGUAACUCAAAUUUGCUUACUGAGCCCGCUGUGCAGGAUGCACCGUCCUUGAGCGACGACGAGGAAGGUACAUUAAAAGAAAAUUGCCCUGUUAUCUAUUUUGACUUGGAAACAAGUGGGUUGCACACCGAAUGUGAUAUUCUGCAGAUAGCUGCUAAAUGUGGUAAAAUUUCUUUCAAUGUUUAUAUUUAUCCCGUUCAAGAUAUUUCAGCAGCUGCCUCUGCUAUUCAUGGCUUGAGAAAGUACGAAGGAGAUCUUAUGCUACAAAGCGAAAAAGUUCAUUCGGUUUCGCUUAGAAUCGCUAUGGGACAGUUCCUACAUUACUUAUUGCCGUUCAAUAAGAAAUGCUAUUUAGCUGCGCACAAUUUGAAUUUCGAUGGACCCAGACUAUUAAAUGCAAUAAACAAAUGUUCCUUAACUGAUGAAUUUUCGAAAGUUCUCGAAGGAUUCAUAGAUACUUUACCAGUUAUAAAAAAAUGUACCGAACGCACUGGUAAAGGUGCUUGUACCAUUACAAGUCUUGCUAAUUGGCUAAAUAUUUCUUCUUUGAAUGCUCAUGACGCUACCAAAGAUGUUGCAAUUUUAGAAAAAAUUAUUAAAAAACUAGCAAUAAGUUAUGAUCAUCUAGUCAAUUGUGGUCAUAGUUAUGUGCAAAUCACUGAUAAAUGGUUAGAUGAUGCUCGAGUAAGAAGAUUAUUGCCCACACUAAACCCACUUCUAAAUGUUGUUGGCAAUGAAAUUAGGAAAAAGCUAAUUAGGGCAAACAUUACAAUUGAACUCUUGAAAACUACUUAUUUCAGUUAUGGAAUAACAGGAGUUUUUGAUUUACUUAGUGAAAAAAUAAAUAAUAAGCCUAUUGUAACGGCUCACAAGCCGACAAUAAAAAAAAUUGUUGACUGGUUAGAAAGUUGA